UCCCCUUUAACUUUUCACCGCCUCCCAUUGCAUCUAGGUUUUUUUAUUCUACCUAAAAAGUAGAUAAUUAAAUCAACUGAAACAUAUGAGAGAGAGAGAGAGAGAGAGAGAGAUCCCAUCUUGCAUAUAUCAGUUGGUGUUCUAGGGUUGGAGGCUUAUAUAAUUAACAAGGCUAGCUACACAUUCUCUCUAGUUCUCUCUUAAAUUCAAACACUAUUACUUCUUCUCACUGAACUGUUUGUGAGUUUCUUAUUAUAAAUUGAGUCAAACUGAGAAACAAUGAAACAGCUUGAGAUGCUGGAAAAGAUGGAUGAUGGAGAAAUCACAAAUGUUUUCCCUCAGAACCCAACUGGUGCAUCCAAUAACCCUCCACUUUUGAAGAGGAAGAGAAACCUCCCAGGAAAUCCAGAUCCUGAAGCUGAAGUCAUAGCCUUAUCACCAAAGACUCUAAUGGCUACAAACAGAUUCUUGUGUGAAACUUGUGGGAAGGGUUUCCAAAGGGAUCAAAAUCUUCAACUCCAUCGACGUGGACAUAACCUUCCUUGGAAACUCAAGCAGAGGACAAGCAAAGAAGCAAGGAAGCGAGUUUAUGUGUGUCCAGAGAAAACUUGUGUCCAUCACGAUCCUUCAAGGGCUCUUGGAGACUUAACUGGGAUAAAGAAGCACUUCUGCAGAAAGCACGGUGAAAAGAAGUGGAAGUGUGAGAAGUGUUCAAAGCGUUAUGCUGUGCAGUCAGAUUGGAAAGCACACUCAAAAACUUGUGGCACCAGAGAAUACAAAUGUGAUUGUGGAACUAUCUUUUCACGGAGAGAUAGCUUCAUAACUCACAGGGCCUUCUGUGAUGCCUUGGCAGAAGAAACAGCUAGGGUAAAUGCAACAUCAGACAUAAACAACUCGUUAGUUGGUAACAUUGGUUACAACGUAAUGGGAACAUCCAUAUGCCAUAACAUGCCAACCCCUUUUUCUUCAAUUUUCAAACCAAUUUCAAACACUGAAGAAACAAGUAAUCAAACAUCUAGGGGUUUAUCCCUUUGGAUGGGUCAAGCAUCUCAGGCUCAUCAAACAAUAGCUACUGGCAAUUUACGUGAGAUUCAUCAUCAACUUGGGUCUAAUACAAGCUCAGGAUCAAUAUAUGGUGGGAACCAACUUGUUCAAUGCUCAAAUCCUCCACCCUCUAAUUAUCAGCUAAAUUGGGUGUUUGGAACAAAGCUUUCCUCUAAUUGCAGCCAAGAGAUAACUAGCACUACUACUUCACUUCCACUAGGUAGUAUUGUUAAGGAUGCUGCUACAAGCCAGCCAUUAAGUGUUCCUUCCUUAUAUAGCUCCCAACACCAAUCCCAUCAAACAUGUUCAGCAAACAUGUCUGCCACAGCUUUGUUGCAAAAAGCUGCUCAAAUUGGAGCAACCUCAACCGACCCAUCAUUCCUUGGGAGCUUAGGGUUUAAAUGCAGUAACAGUCAAGGUCAAGAUGGGAACAAUCUUAGUGGCAUGUACGGUUCAAGUUCAGUACUCACAAGUCUUGGGAGCGAGGCAGAGAACUCUGCAUGUGACUGGUCACAAAUGCACCCUGCCAAACGUAGACAAGUACAAAAUGAAGAGAGUGGAGGGGGGCAAACUAGGGAUUUUCUUGGUGUUGGUGUGCAAAACCAUUUGUCACCCUUCAUCAAUCAACGGAUGGAUUUUAUUUGAUAAUGUAUGUUCAAAUUAAUGUGAAGUUUAAAUUUCUUUUUUUUCUUUUUUUGUCGAUGGAAGGGAAAAAUAACAAAUAAAAAGCAAAAGGUGGAUGAAGUUGGAGGAAGAGAAUUAAGUAUCUGGAAACUUUGCAGGGAGGAAAAGGUGGGAGUUGAGUGCUUGAUGGGGGGCUGAAAAGUUUGGUGUUAGAAAACUAUUGAAGGGCUGAAAGGGGAGAGAUCCAUGCAUAUUCUUUUGAACACUGAAAGCUGAUCCCUUUUAAAAAUGGUGGCUUUAAUUUUUUGAUAAAAGGAGUACCAUUGUGGAGUAGUGGGGGCAAUGCAUAGGACAAGCUUUUGAACUCCAUUAUUACAGUGUUUCAUCCCUGUUAUAGUUGUUGUCUUGUCACACU